AUGUCAAUAAAAACUAGACUCAAAGCUCUAAAAGAGGAACUGGUGACGUUUUCGCUUUGGAAAUCGGUUCGCUGCGAGUUCCUGGUAACAUUGAUCUAUGUUUUCAUAGGAUGUGGCUCGCUGACACACAUUCGCCAACCAUCGAAUGAAACGAUUCUGAAGGUGGCCUUGACCUUUGGUCUUGCCGAGGCCACGUUGAUGCAAUGUGUGGGUCAUAUCAGUGGCGCCCAUAUGAAUCCUGCGAUCACAAUGGCUAUGCUCGCGACGGGCAAAAUCGGAGUUGCAAGGGCGGUGUGCUAUAUCCUUGCUCAAAGCCUAGGGGCACUAGCCGGUGCGGGAAUAUUGUACGGCGCCACCCCUAAUAAGUACCAUGGUGGGUUAGGUGUAACGUUUAUUAAAGAUGACGUGAAGCCGGCACAGGCUUUUGCUGUGGAGUUCAUGGUGACGUUUGUUCUAGUAUUCACAUACUUUGCCAAUUUGGAACCUAAACGUGUUGACAUGGGCUCUAGGUCACUGUCGGUCGGCUUGUCGGUGGUUUUGGGACAUUUAUUUGCGUUCGACUAUACGGGAUGUGGAAUGAAUCCAGCACGCUCAUUCGGUCCCGCAGUAAUAACGAAACAAUGGAAAGAUCAUUGGGUGUUUUGGGUGGGACCCUUGAUCGGAGGUAUAUUUGGUGGCUUCACCUACGAGUACACUCAAUGUUCUUCGGAGGACAUUCAGCGGUUUCGAAGCUCCUUUCGACGCAAGAAGUCCCAGUCCUAUGGCGAGCCCGGUCAGGACCAGCGUUGCGACAGCCCGCUUACCACAGAAUUUUCUUUCACACCUCGAACCGCAUCGAAUGAAGAUCUCAGACUGUGAUUUAGUAAUAUUAUUCCCUACUUUCGUAUCAAAUCCGGUGUAAAAUGUCUUCGCAAGUAAAUUUAAUUUGAAAGAGUAUAAACAGUUAAACUAUUCCUCAAUACGAUUAUGAGGUAUAUACAAAUUGUAUAAA